CCCAAAACCCGCCUCCUCUGCUCAGAAGAGAGAGAGAGAGAGAGAGAAACGCCUCACAUCCCGAGCAUCUCUCUGUCUCUUCGAGUGGUGGGCCCCAUGUCGUCGUCGGCGGCGCACCAGAAGGCGGCCGCGGCGGCUCCCGUCGAGGAGGAGGAGGCCGGGGAGCACGGGCCUUUCCCCAUCGAGCACCUCCAGGCAUCUGGAAUAGCUGCAGUUGAUGUGAAAAAGCUCAAAGAUGCUGGUCUUUGCACAGUGGAGUCUGUAGCUUAUUCUCCAAGGAAAGAUCUUUUGCAAAUUAAAGGGAUUAGUGAAGCCAAAGUCGAUAAGAUAAUUGAAGCAGCUUCGAAGUUGGUUCCACUGGGAUUUACUAGUGCUACCCAACUUCAUGCGCAGAGGCUCGAGAUUAUCCAAGUUACAACAGGAUCAAGAGAACUUGAUAAAAUAUUGGAGGGAGGAAUAGAAACAGGAUCUAUCACGGAGCUUUAUGGUGAAUUUAGGUCUGGGAAGACUCAGUUGUGCCAUACUCUCUGUGUCACAUGUCAGCUCCCACUGGACCAAGGUGGUGGUGAAGGAAAGGCUCUUUAUAUUGACGCAGAAGGCACAUUCAGACCACAAAGACUCCUCCAGAUAGCAGACAGGUUUGGACUGAAUGGUGCUGAUGUACUUGAGAAUGUAGCUUAUGCUAGAGCAUAUAAUACUGAUCAUCAAUCAAGACUUCUGCUGGAAGCAGCUUCCAUGAUGGUGGAGACAAGGUUUGCGCUUAUGGUUAUAGAUAGUGCCACAGCCUUAUACAGAACUGACUUCUCUGGUAGAGGGGAGCUAUCAGCAAGGCAAAUGCAUCUGGCCAAGUUUCUCAGGAGCCUUCAGAAAUUAGCGGAUGAGUUCGGGGUGGCAGUGGUAAUCUCCAACCAGGUAGUGGCCCAAGUGGAUGGCUUUGUGCGAUAGUUUGCUGGGCCACCAAUCAAACC